CUUGAAAAAAAAAUAUAUAUAAUUGUAAUCCAUAUUACCUUCAGUCUAUUACUAGUAUAUUUUCUUAGCCAUAUGUCAUGGCAAUUAACUGGACAACCUAACUCCCCUCAAUGAAAAUAUUUCCUUCUUUCAGAUUCCUGCCGCCCCCUUCCCCCCAGUUUCAAUAGAUGUUUUCCUUUGAACUUUUUCUACAACUUGUAGGAAAUAGAACUCCUGACUUGCAUUCCUUACUUCAUCGCUUCAUACAGUUUUUCUCACUUCGCAUCUUUGUUUGCUUUCUAACAGAAGCAGCUGUAGUCUGAACAUUUCGGUCUCACUUGAUUUUUUCAGUGGUUUUAAGAUUACUUUCCUUCCUUCAGAGAAAAACAUAUAAACUGCACUAAUCCAACAUCAAGCGCACUAACACAUUCCAUCAGUCAGUCUUCUGAAGAACAAACAUGAAAUGUAAUUCAUGUUGCUUCCCUGGAUACUGUUUUCAUUGUCAUAUCCAAUGGUAUGCUGGAUGGGAUACUGUUCAACUGGAAGUUUCACUAAAUGCUGUGGAACACUAUUAAAACGUUCUAAUAGGUGUGACUUAUUGACCGGAAGAGUCAGUAAACAAAUGCAGUAUAAGUGACAGUGUGAAAAUAGAGUAACAGUAAUUAGCGAUGUGACUCCAUGAGUAAUAGGAAAAUUGCUUUGACCCAGUUGAUGGCAGUAGCAACAAAAUCUUAAAAAAAAAAAAAAAUUAAAAAAAUCUAUCCCAAAUAGAUGGGUUUUCUAUUGUGACUUGUACAUUACCAAGACUUCUCAUUGACAGCAUUUAUGUUUGCCACAGAUCCUGUUUCACUAGUAUUCUAGUCUAUCUCUGUUGGGAAACACAGUGGUGGCUGGGGUACACUAUGUUCAUAAGACCCAAAAGACAGGGAUAGAAAGACUAGCUGGCAGCAGAAGCUACUGGGUAUCGAUAAGCAGGAAGUCGCAGUCCCACAGCAAGCCUCCAACAACUUUCAUCCCUUUGCAGAACACAAGCACUCAAGCUGGAAAUCCUGCUUGCUUCUGGUUUGUCAAGUCCAUACCAUGAUCCCUUCUGCUUGUUCAAGCACCGUACACAGUUUUGAUUGGGCUAACAUACCAUUUCUAGUGUCCUGCAUGUAGUUGCACAAAGGCGUAUCAGGUGUACAAAGGCCUAUCGAUAGCCUACCUUAAAUUGAUGUGCUUCCACAUUUAUCCCACGCUACCCUAACUUCAGUGCCAACACAAACAUUUCAUAGAGCACGGAUUAAUGAGAGCAUAACAAAAACAAAUCUGUCUGUGCAUGCUUUUUGUCUUUUGGAAUCAGACCACAUAGGAUUUUCUACUUCUCUUGUGAUUAAAGAGCAAUGAUGUAACACAGUACUCGGAGCAUUUUAAUGCAAAAGUAGAAUUAUCCUUAAGUAUGCACAUGAAAAAAUAUUUUAUUUCUUUGAUGAAAAUACCAUUCACUAAAAAAGCCCUACCAGCUGGUCUCCAAUAGUAAGAGGACAUGACCAAGAACAAGUUCUUGGCAAGUUCCAUAAAAAAACCCCAAUGUUUUUAUCUCUCCUUCCUUAUCCUAGCAGUGUAGGCCUCAAUGGGAUCCAAUGGGGGUCAUAUCCCGGAAUAUAAUAAUGCCAAAACCAAAUAAACAAACAAAAGAACAAACCACACACACACAAAAAAAUAAUAACCAAAAUUUCAGGGUCCUGAUUGCUUGAACAACUGACAGGAAAUGCACUGGUUUCAGUGCAAUAACAAAAGGUCUGAUGAAAUACUUGGACCAUAUGAGCAAGGAAAAAAAAUCACAUAAAAGCAAGCGGUAUUGUCUGUGUGUUGAGAGGGGCAAUGAAACAGUGAUUGCAGUGUGGCAUCUAGUUGUAAGUUUUACAAAAUAACGCAAGAGUGCGCAAAGGUUACAUAAUGUACAAAAAAUACUCAGUAUAACUCUAUUUUGUUGAGGGAAGGUUAAAAAGUUAUUUUGAUGAAGCUACAAAUAUCCAUAACCAGUUUAGGAGUUGGUUUAUUUAGUCCUCCAAGAAAAUUAGCAAUCAGGAGAUGAAUUUUGGCAAAUUCAGACUACAGGUAUAGCACGUGUAUUCAGCAGUGGUUAUAAUUAACCACUAGAAUAACUUACAACACGGUUCGCUACCAUCUUAACUCUUCAGAUCUAGAUUAAAUUAUCUAGGAAGUGCUGUAAUUCAAAGAGAAAUUAUAGCUACCAGAGCAGGAAAGUCCUGGAGGAGCGGAGUGGAGGCCCCCUCAUCAGAGACCAGCAGACAACCUGACUACAGGGUUCCCUCUGCGUCUGCACGGCACUUCACUACCCGAGUGACAGGUCCCAGCUCUGCCUCGGUCUUCCAGCGGCAGCUCCUCCCUUCUGGCCAGAGGGACAGCAGAUCGUGGUCUUCAGCUCUGGCUCCGGGGGACCUGACUCGGGGCAGAAAGCAGCCUUUUAUAGCUGGCACGCAGCUGCUCUGGCUCACACCUACACACUCUGCUCCUGGAGCAAGGCACUUCUGCCGAGAGCCCGCAUCCCUGCCUGCCCCCGGGAGCUGCGAAGAGCCGCCCGCCGCGCUGCCCAUGGGACCCCGCCGCCCGGCGCUGCCCCUGCGGCCGCCCCUGCUGCUGCUGCUGCUGCUCGCGGCCGUUUAUAAAGACGCUUCUGGGGAAGCCCAUUCUAGAAAUCGAAGAGGAAUUCUUGAAUUGGCUGGAGCCAUUAGAUGUACUACAGGACGGUCUCCUUUUGCCUACCUACGUUAUGGAUGCUACUGUGGUCUGGGAGGAAGAGGAUGGCCCAAGGACAGAGUAGACUGGUGCUGCUUUCACCAUGACUGCUGCUACGGUAAGGCAGAACAAGCAGGUUGUCACCCUAAGGUAGAAAGUUACCACUGGGAAUGUGAAGAGAAUGCUGCUGUGUGUGAAUCUCUAGAAGACAAAUGUCAAAAAGUGGCAUGCGAAUGCGACCGUGAAGCUGCCAAAUGUUUUUCUAAAGCUCCCUAUCAUACAAAAUACCUUUUGUGGCCAGAUUUUAUGUGUGGUGAGAUUCAGCCUUUGUGUAGGUAUUAGAUAUAUAACAUCAGCCUUUAUGGAAAAAUCUGUAUGUAUUUAUAUCUGAAAUGACUUUUUUUUUUGUCACAGCAGUGACAACAAAUGAUUUUCCCCUUUCUUGAUCCUCCUUCCCACCACCUCAGCCUCUCCACCCCAGAAUGGCCAAAGUAAAUAUUUACCUUCUUAUUUACCUUCUACAGUGCAUGGACUAAAAGCAAGUUCAUUAGUUAUAUGUAAGCUUUUCUUGACUAAAUAGGAAUUUAUCAGCUUAAGGAGUAACUGACUUAAAAAUAAUUUUGUUCAUAUUUACGUAUUUUUCAGAUUCAUAAUAUCAUUCACUGUAAACUUUUCAUCUCCCCUCCAGUGGCUACAAGACACAAAUCAAACUUUUCCACUAACAUUUACCUGAACAUUUGUUAACUUUGAACUGACCGGAAGAAAUGCACGAAAUAUUAAACAUUUAUCAUGAAGCCUAAUUUAACUUCUGCAUCUCAUUCACGUUAAGUUGUCCUAUCUGUAUUAAAAAAAAAAAGAAA